AUGAUUCUUCGUGAGCUGUACAAAAGUUUCACAACCAAGAUUUCACCAUUCUACAACGAUAUGAAAAUUGGCGUCAAAAGAGGAGUUAGGCAAGGCAAUACCAUCUCGCCAAAAUUAUUUUCCGUCGCACUCCAGAACGUCAUGCGAACAUUGGAAUGGGAUAACGUGGGAGUGAAAAUCGAUGGUGGGCAGUUACACCAUUUUGGCUUUGCUGAUGACAUCGUCCGUAUAACACCAAACAUUAGCCAAGCGGAACGUAUGCUUGACGACUUUGAUAAAGCCUGUUGA